GCUUAAAGCACUCGAUGUUGUAACACUACAACGGCUUGCAGAACGGGUGAAUGUCAUACCCGUGAUUGCAAAAGCUGAUACCACCUGCAAAGAUGAACUUAUAAGAUUCAAAAGCAAGAUUUUAAGCGAGUUGCGUAGCCACAAUAUUCCCAUCUAUCAGUUUCCGACUGACGACGAGACGGUACGAGCAAUAAAUACGGAAUUAAACCAGCUUGUGCCAUAUGCUGUUGUGGGCAGUACUGAUUUUGUAAAAAAAGAAAACGGCAAAAUGGUUCGAGCACGUCGAUAUCCGUGGGGAAUGGUUGAAGUUGAAAACGAGGAACAUUGUGAUUUCGUCAAAUUGCGUGAGGCAGUAUUGCGUACAAACGUGGAUGCAUUACGUGAACGAACGCACAGGGUGCUAUAUGAAGCAUAUCGUCGUGAACGUUUACGUGCAAUGAAAGUUGGCGAUGGUGAUACAGGACCAAAAAUGAUGGAAGCUUUCGCACAGAAGCAACGUGAAUUCAUUGAUGAAAUGACAAAUAGAGACAAGGUUUUACGCGAAGAAUUCGUUGCGCGAGUUAAUAAGAAAGAAGAAGAAAUGAAAAGGAGAGAGGAAUUGCUAAAUUUACGAACCAAAGAGAUUAGUGAUAAUUUUGAAGAAGAAUUACGACGUAUCGAGUCACAAAUGCAUACAUUGUUGGAGGAAAAAGCGAAAUAUGAAUUGAAAACAGCUGGGAAAAAAGCGAAGAAGUAA